AUGGCAAAAGGUCGUAUUCUAGUAAUAGCAGGCUCUGAUAGCUCCGGGGGAGCUGGUCUCGAGGCCGAUCAGAAGGUUAUUGCAGCGCAUGGGUGCUAUGCAAUGACGGCCACCACAGCAUUGACAGCUCAGAACACCUUAGGAGUGGUAGACAUUCAUUACACGCCAUCAGACUUUGUUGGAAAAUUAAUUGACCUCUGUAUUGAGGACAUUGGUGUCGAUGUUGUCAAAACGGGUAUGUUGGCUUCUGCUGAGACAAUCAAUGUCGUGGCGAAUGCUCUUCAGAAACACAAUGUGAAAACUCUAGUUAUUGAUCCUGUUAUGGUUUCAACUAGCGGGUCUCAGUUACUUCCGCAGAAGGCAGUAUGCGAACUGCGUUCAAAGCUUCUUCCUAGAGCCACGAUACUCACCCCAAAUGUGCCUGAAGCGAUUCUUUUGCUUUCAGAUGCCGGAAAAGAGGUUGGUGAACCACAAAACGUUGAUGAUCUAAUACAAACUGCCAAAUCAGUGCAAAGUCUUGGCCCGACCUACGUACUUCUGAAAGGAGGUCAUCUUCCCCUCAAAAAAGAUGGCACACUUGCAAGGACAGAGGAGGAGAAGGAGAUCAUGGUUGAUAUCCUAUACGGUGAGGAUCAAGUUACUCGGAUCCAAUCACCGUAUCAACAAUCGAAAAACACCCACGGUACAGGUUGUUCGUUAGCAUCUGCAAUUGCGUCCAACCUCGCGAGCGGCUUACCGAUGAUUCAAUCGGUCAAAAGUGCGUGCAGAUAUGUUGAAGCUGGCAUCAAGACUGCGGUGGAUUUAGGCCAAGGAAGUGGCCCAAUUAACCAUUUUCAUUCGACUUACAUGUUACCUUUCGCACCUGGCCGUUUUGUAGAGUAUCUACUCGAUAGACCUGAUGUCAAGGCAGCUUGGCAGGAGCAUACGGAGCAUAGUUUCGUGGCGGGGCUUGCUAAUGGCAGUCUUCCGGUUGAAUCAUUUAAGUAUUAUCUAGUGCAAGACUAUCUGUACUUGAUUCAUUUUGCGAGGGCAAGUUCAUUGGCCGGCUAUAAAGCGAAGACCAUGGAGGAUGUUGCUGCGGCAGCGAGAAUCGUAUCUCAUAUCCACCAUGAAAUGUCUCUUCAUAUUGAGUAUUGUGAGGGUUUUGGGAUGACGAGGAAGGAGAUUGAAAAUGCAGAAGAAAGUCAAGCAUGCACGGCGUAUACCAGAUAUAUGCUCGAUAUCGGCCACUCAGAAGAUUGGUUUGCUCUGCAAAUUGCUAUGGCCCCAUGUUUAAUAGGUUAUGGACAUAUCGCUCAACGCCUGUAUACAGACCCAAAAACGAAACGUGAAGGAAACAUCUAUUGGAAGUGGAUAGAAAACUAUGUUGCAGAUGAUUUCGUAGAGGCAGUUCGUGUAGGCUCUGGUUGGUGGCACCAAGCAAGCUUAUGUCCCAGUAUUGACAACGUUGUAGACCUAAUAGAGAGACAUGCAGUUCUCCAAUCGCCAAGUCGUAUAGAAGAGCUGGUUGCCAUAUUCAUCCAUGCCACAAAGAUGGAAACUGGAUUUUGGGAUAUGGGAAGUGGCGGCUGA